GUGAAGGAACAAUGGGAUAAAUAUCGAAGUCUCAAAAACCUAACAAACAAAAAGUUAAAAUCGGCUGAGGCUUUGCACUCUACGAACUUGAUCGAGUCUGCUGCAGAUCUAAAGGAGCACCUGCGCUCAUUAAAUUACGUUGUUGGUUCUAAGAAAGAUUGUGGUUCGCCUUUACAUGUACAAGACGGCAAACAUCUACUAUUAGAACCAAAGGAAGCUGCGACGAAGUUCAAUAGGUUUUUUGGAACUAUUGGCACUAAAAUAGCAGGGCAUCUACCUCCUGUGGAUACAGAUGCUUGGAAGAAGUACGAGCUCGAGAGGAAGUGUGAUGACAGAGAACCCUGGGACUUGCAACAGGCUGGAUACUAA